AUGUGGAUGCUGGUGGUCUUGGUGUGUUUUCUGGUUUGGGCUGGCGUUACCUAUUGGUACCUGUUUGGCAAACGAAGCCCAUUUUCAUUAGAGUCUGUUAGACCUCCAGGACCGUUGGAGCUAGACCCGAAGGAAAGGAACACGGUUCUAAUGCAAGGCUUCACCAGGGCAAAGGUGCCAGAGAAUCUCGAUGCUAUAGUAAUCGGCAGUGGAAUUGGUGGCCUGACGGCUGCAGCUACGCUGGCCAAACUGGGCAAGAGAGUGCUCGUACUGGAGCAACAUGACAAAGCUGGAGGCUGCUGUCACUCUUUCACUGAGAAAGGGUUUGAGUUUGACGCAGGGCUUCAUUACGUCGGUCAGUUGCAUGAGAACAGUCUGUUUAAGGUCAUCCUUGAUCAAAUUACUGAAGGCCAAGUGGAGUUUGUAAAACUGGACGAUCAUUUUGACACCAUUGUGAUUGGUAGUGGAGAGCAACAAAGGAAAUACACCGUCUGGAGUGGCAAACAUGAGAUGGAAGAACACCUAAAGAAGCAGUUUCCCAAUGACCAAGAAGCUUUAGAGAAGUUUUUCAAGCUCAUGAAGAUCUCAGCUAGACAAACACAAUACCUGGCUACACUGAAGCUGAUUCCCCAGUGGGUGGCGUUGUUCCUGUUAAAAAGUGGCAUUGCUGAUCUCUGCUCCUCUAUCUUUCGGCUUGUAGGCACUAGCGCUAAAACAGUCGCCGACAGUCUGACCUCCAACAAGGAUCUCCAAAUGAUAUUCUCCUAUAUUUUUUAUGGCGUUCCUCCCAGAGACUCCAGCAUCGUGAUCAAUGCGUUACUGCUGCACCAUUACAAGCGUGGCGCGUACUACCCAAAAGGGGGUGCCAGCGAAAUCCCAUUCCACAUCAUCAAAGUCAUUAAAAAGUUUGGUGGAAACGUGCUCGUCCGUGCACCCGUGAAUCACAUCCUGGUUGACGACAAUGGAGCUGCAUAUGGUGUGACUGUAAGGAAAGGUCAAGAAGAUGUGGAAGUGAGAGCUCCUGUUAUCAUCUCUAACUGUGGAGUCUUCAACACUUUUCAGAAGCUUUUACCACCGGAAAUAAGUGCCAAACCAGAGGUUCAGAAUCGGCUGACUUCCAUGACACCCGGACAAGGAUCCUUAUUAGUGUUCUCGGGUUUCGAUGCCACACAGGAAGAACUGGGCAUCAGUUCGACUAACCUUUGGCUUUUUAAGUCUAAUGAUAUGGAUGGAAUGAUGGAUGAGUUUUUUAGUAUGGGAAAAGAUGACGCGCCAGAAAACAUACCCAUGAUGGUGAUCACAUUUCCCUCUGCCAAAGACCCCACUUCACAGAUCCGUCACCCAGGUAAAUCUUGCAUGACCAUUCUAGCAAUGGUCAGUUAUAAAUGGUUCGAAGAGUGGAAGGACACUACCGUCAGAAAAAGAGGUGAUGACUAUUUAGAGUACAAGAGGAGAUUCGCCAACCACCUUUUCAACUGGGCCUGUACUCACUACCCCAAACUGAGAGACAAGUUGGUGUAUCAAGAAGUUGCCACACCCUUGUCUAACAUCCACUAUCUUGGUGCUCACCUGGGAGCCAUGUACUCGGCUGAGCAUAACCUGGACCGCUUUCAGACGAAGUUGCUGGCCACAAAUCGUUGUGACACUCCUGUCAAAAAUCUUUUCAUUUCAGGUCAGGACGUGUUCAGCUGUGGUAUUGUAGGGGCGUUACAUGGAGGUCUCCUCUGUGCCUCUACAGUACUUAACCACAUUGUUUAUAUAGAUCUCCUCCUGCUUAAGAAGAAGCUGAAGAGAAGAAAAGUGAGAGAACUCUCAAAAAAGCGGCAGUGAGAAUGAACCAAUGAUUAUAGCAGCCGGUAAUUAUGUGAUCAUGGAAAUAACAGCCGUCUGGAAUCCAAAUCGCUGUCUAAGUAGCGCAUCCGAAUAACCUGACUUAUAAGUCGAUGCCUUAUUGGAAUCCUCUCUACUGAGAAAGCUGCCUAUGUAAGCAGUAGACAGCAGGGAAGCUUGCUAGGUUUUCGAACACACACAUUGUCUAAAACAAACAAACAAACAAAUAAAUGGUUGGUUGCUUGUUUGAAUAAUUAAUAUUAUUGCAAAUGCAGGCUAUUCUAACAUCAAGUUUAUAUUUUUUAUCUUGUACAUUUAUAAAGUACCUUGAGCCUUUUUCGUACUUAAUAUUUUUUAAUGUACCUUGAGCUGCUGUAAUGCUUGACUUUCCCUUUGAGAUUAAUAAUGCCAUCCAUCCAUCCUCUAUCUAUCCAUCCAUCCAUCGUAAGCCAUCCAUCCAUUGUCAUCCAUCCAUCCAUCCAUCCAUCCUCUAUCUAUCCAUCCAUCCAUCGUAAGCCAUCCAUCCAUCCAUCCAUUGUAAUCCAUCCAUCCUCUAUCUAUCCAUCCAUCAUAAUUCAUCAAUCCAUCGUAAUCCAUCCAUCUAUCCAUCCAUCCAUCGUAAUCCAUCCAUCCAUCCAUCGUAAUCCAUCCAUCCAUCCAUUGUAAUCCAUCCAUUGUAAUCCAUCCAUCCAUCGUAAUCCAUCCAUCCAUCAUAAUCCAUCCAUCCAUCAUAAUCCAUCCAUCCAUCUAUCCAUCCAUCCAUCGUAAUUCAUCCAUUGCAAUCCAUCCAUCCAUCGUAAUUCAUCCAUCCAUCAUAAUCCAUCCAUCCAUUGUAAUGUAUCCAUCCAUCGUAAUGUAUCCAUCCAUCGUAAUGUAUCCAUCCAUCGUAAUGUAUCCAUCCAUCAUAAUCCAUCCAUCGUCAUCCAUCCAUCCAUCGUAAUCCAUCCAUCCAUCCAUUGUAAUCCAUUGUCAUUCAUCCAUCCAUCGUCAUCCAUCCAUCCAUCGUAAUCCAUCCAUCAUAAUCCAUCCAUCCACCAUAAUCCAUACAUCCAUCAUUAUCCAUCAUCAUCCAUCCAUUGUAAUCCAUCCAUCUAUCCAUCGUCAUUCAUCCAUUGUAAUCCAUCCAUCCAUUGUAAUCCAUCCAUCCAUCGUAAUCCAUCCAUCCAUCAUUAUCCAUCGUCAUCCAUCCAUCAUUAUCCAUCGUCAUCCAUCCAUCGUAAUCCAUCCAUCCAUUGUUAUCUAUCUAUCUAUCUAUCUAUCUAUCUAUCUAUCUAUCUAUCUAUCUAUCUAUCUAUCUAUCGUAAUCCAUCCAUUGUCAUCCAUCCACCGUAAUCCAUUAUACAAUUGAACAAACGAUGGAACAAACAUAACUGAACAAAAAAGUGGUUUGUCUUUGUUUGGGGAAAAAACUAUUUAGUAACAGGAUUGAACACUGGGUAACAGGAAUGUUUCUGUAUGUGAAUACAUAUACAGUAUGUGUAAUCUGUAAUGAUGCCAGGAUACAGGUCAUCACCAUACUUCAGCACACACCAUUUGCGAACAAUUUCAGGACUUUGCUAUUGAACUUCUUUGGCUGUGGGAGAUAUGAAUGGUCCAUGUACAACCCCAAAUCAGAAGAAGUUGGGACAGUAUGGAAAAUGCAAAUAAAAUAAAAAUGCAGUGUUCCUUACAA